GGAAUGGACUAUGAUGAGCUUACCGUCGAAGAGAAAGAAAGACUACACUUCAUUAGACAGCAAAAGACUCAGGUUAUGAAAAAUAUUGAGUCUCUAAAACUUGAACUUAAUGACAUAACAAGCCAGAUUGAAAACCUUGGUUUUUCUGUCGAUGGGGAGGACCCAUCUGUUAGACGGCUUGCGUUUGGCUGCAAGGAAUUCAAUAGGAAUCCAAAACAGGUUUGAUCUACUACUUUUACAAAUGCCUUUGCAGGGUCUGGAAUACCUCUUCGACAAUAAUAUAAUUGGAAGGUCUCCGGAAGACGUAGCGAAAUUCUUUAUUGAUCAAAAUCACAAUUUAUCUAAGCAUGCCGUUGGCACCUAUAUUGGCGAGAUUUGUAAGGAAUUUAACAUGCAAGUUUUGGAUGCAUUCUCCAAGUUGCAUGACUUCAAGGACGAAGAGUUUUUACCGGCUCUUAGACAAUUUUUGCUUAGCUUCCAACUGCCUGGGGAGAGUCAGAAAAUUGACCGCAUUUUAACGAGUUUCUCUGAACGCUAUGUAGAACAAAAUCCUUCAGUUUUUAACUCGCCACACGAGGCUUAUGUACUUUCUUACGCUGUUAUUUUGUUAAAUACUACACUACAUAAUAUAAAUGCAAAAAGCCAAAAUUUAGGCUUAGCAGAAGAAAAAACAUUUGUACGUGCCAUGAUGGAAUUUGAUGAAGAAACUAACUUGUCCGAAGAUCUUGUUCGUAAAAUUUAUCGUGCUAUUAAAACUGAACCACUUCGUCCAGUUUCUGACGACUCAUCUGUAUGUGGAUCCAAUCAAAAUAAUGGAAUUCAUAAAGGAUGGUUAUGGAAACUUGGUGGUCGGGUUAAAAGUUGGAAAAGACGAUGGUUUGUGCUAACAGAGGACAGCCUCAUAUAUUAUCUUACUCCUGACCGUUCUCGUCAAACCAAAGGUGUUAUCCCACUGGAAGGGAUCAAUAUUCGACUAAUACAUGAUAAAACAAGAGAGAAUUGUUUCGAAUUAUAUUGUCCACGAAAUCAAUUAAUUAAAUCAUGUAAAGUUGAAAGAGAAUUAGCCACAGGUCAUCAGCAUACAGUAUACAGAAUGGCUGCACCUACACUUAUUGAAAGAGAUGAAUGGAUUCGUAUGUUAGAACGUGUAACACAUCGUUUAGCUGAACGUCGUACUACACGCAGUAUCAGUGUCGAUUGUACCGGUUCUUCUAGCUCUGGUAUUAUAGGAUCAACUAGUCAUCAUCACCAUCAUUUACCACCUCCUGUAUCCUCUUUAUCGUUAAGGCGUAAUGGAGCUGGAAGUCAACCGGAUUUACCUAGUCAACAGUCUGUAUUAAAUUAAUUCAAAUAGUUGGAGUAGACAGAGUAGUUAACAUUUCAUUUAAUUCUGUUGUAAAUGCUUAUGUAAUAAUGUGUUUUGGUUAUGGUGGUGGACGUGCUUCUAUCUUCUCAUUUUAUUCACCACCCCGCCCACACAAUGCUCUUAAGAUUCAAUGUAUCAACUAUUAAUUACGAUAAUAAUAAUAAUAAACACUGUACACAAUCAAAUUAUAAAACACAUACAUAUGGUUUUCUAUAUUUGUAAUCCAUUAUAAGUUUUUCUUGGUUUCCACAUUCCUUUUGUUUUUGUCGG